CUAUCAGGUCCCGGCCGGUUAUGCUCCCGGCAAUCUCUGAGGAUUUUCAACAGGGGAGAGAUCUGUAUGUAAACAAUACAGAUCUCUCCCCUGUCAGCUCCUGCACACUACUUUGUAUGGUUCUGCAUAGCAGAGCCAUACAAAGCACACACAAUCCCAUAGUAAAACAGCACACAGCUAACCGUUUGAUCUCCCCAGAUGUUAACCCCUUCCUGCUCAGUGUCAUUAAUACAGUGUCAGUGCUUUUUAUUAGCACUGAUCACUGUAUUGGUGUCACUGGGGAUGUGAGUGACACCAAGUCAGUUCCCCCAAGUGUCAGAAUGCCCGCCGUAGUCCUGCUAUAAGUCGCUGA